AUGAAUCCACUCAGAUCACCAAAAAUGUCAUUGCUCGAUCAAGAUGGCGCAUUCCUACCUAUUUCGACUACGGCAAGCACCGUGACAGCCGAUGAAUGGAUUUCAGCCAUCAACUUCAUCAACCGAGUCAACUUCUACUUUGAAAGUAACGAUCAAGAGCAAAUGGCAAACGAAUUCAGUCCCAACGCCAAGGCACACUUCCCUGGCAUGAGCGUCCGCGGAGAAGAGGAAAUAAGGGCCCUGUUUCGGGACAAAUACAGCGUUAUGAUCCCGGGUGUGAAGCGCUAUGCAACGAAUCAUAUCGUUGAUCGCGACGAAGAGACCGGCGGCGUGAUUGUGCGCUAUCAAAACCAGUUGGUCCGCUAUGCCUGGCCGAAGGAAGUCGGCGCCCCUCGUGGACCCCGUGUCGCAGAGGUGCUCGUGACAUCGGAGGGACUGCCACGUAUCUGGCAGUGUUCGACAAUCAUGGAUCGACUGGAGAAAAGGGGAAGCGGGUGGUGUAUUUGUGAGCGAUACGUAGGAGACCACAUUGUCGAUGAGACAUUGAAUCCGGAUAAGCAGCCGUGUUAG